AUGAAUCCGUUUCAAGCCCCACCUCAGUACCCGCCCCGGAAACUAAUCUCUCCAUCUAUGUUGCAGUUGGACGGUUCGCAUCCUCAGCAGACGCCAGGAACCGCAUCUUUCCAGGGCAAUCCGCUGAGUGGUACCGCGUUAGCUUCGCCAAUGUACCACUGUGGCGGAAACAUCUUGGCCGCUUCGGCAUUUUCAUCCAAACCACACACCUACGAGCCGUCCUCUCGCCAUGACCUUUACGAGGGCAGCUCUGUUGAUUGGUCGAUUUUCGAUGGCGUGGACUUGACCACACCCUCGACCAUAUCGACUGUUGGAAGCUCUGAUUCAAGACUAUCAAGUUUCCAGCGCCACUCCGCUUCGGAUACCGCUCGGCUUGAUUUCACGCCUAGAACUUCUUCCGAAAACUCCUUCUCACGAAUGGAUGUUGAGGAAGUCACCACGCCUAUUGAUGCGAAAGCAGCAGAUCUUUGCCACCGAUGGCUCUCCAACUUCUCUCCUUGCUGGCCCGAGGACAAAGACUUUGCGGCCUUGCAGCAGCUUACUGGUGAAUCCAUUACUCGGAUCAAAAUUUGGUUUGGCCAACGACUGUCCCAACCCGCGCCGCUCCCACCAUCCUCUUCUUUCUCGAGUACGAGCAACCAAUAUCUUCAGCUCGUGUCCCCCCCAUCAUCAUCGCCACCAACCCCUUUCCACUCUUUACCAAACGCCGAAGCACCUGCUUCCCGGAACAUCAGCCCUCCGACCAACCAUCACCACUCGCGAGCCUUCAAACCACAGACCCAUCGCUGCACGCCGACCGACAGCCCAGAGCGUCUCCACACCCAGGAUCCAUCCCGUCCCUUUCAGUGCACGCGUGCCUGUGGCCGCGUCUUCCCGCGCAAAGGCGAAUGGAUCAAACACGAGCAAAAGAGCCGUCCGCAGCGCAUCUGGCUGUGCACCGUCGGCGCCGCCACCGCACCGCCCUCCGCCUCCGCGGAGCAAGCACCCGACCAGCGCCACCGCUGUGCCUCGUGCGGCGCGCUCGACCCCACCAGCUCGCACUUUGUCACCGACCACUGGGAAGACGAGGGCGAGGGGAAGAGGUGGUGCCGGAAGCAGUUCAUGCGGAAGGACCAUCUCGUCGUUCAUUUACGGACGGUGCACGGAGUGGAUCGGGAUGCCGGGCUGGGGCACUACGGGGCUGUGGGUGAGCUGGAAGUUGGGGAAGAGCUGGAGGGGUGGUAUUGCUGGUGUGGGUUUUGUCGAAGGAAGGACUGCUUCAAGGGGUGGAGGGAGAGGAUGGAUCAUUUGGGCCGGCAUUUCAAGAAGGACGGGCUUACCAUGGGAGAUUGGCGGGUCGGGCCAGGGCAGAAGGCUGAUGGAGACUGA